CACAGUUAUAGUUUUGCUGCCGGACUCUUCCCUCCCUCCCCCACCCCAUCAGGAUGAUAUGAGACUGGGAAGAAGACGAUGCAUACAGGAGGAGAGACUUCAGCAUGCAAACCUUCAUCUGUUCGGCUUGCACCGUCAUUUUCAUUCCAUGCUGCUGGCCUUCAGAUGGCUGGACAGAUGCCCCAUUCACAUCAGUACAGUGACCGUCGCCAGCCAAACAUAAGUGACCAACAGGUUUCUGCCUUAUCUUAUUCUGACCAGAUUCAACAACCUCUAACUAACCAGGUGAUGCCUGAUAUUGUCAUGUUACAGAGGCGGAUGCCCCAAACCUUCCGUGAUCCAGCAACUGCUCCCCUGAGAAAACUCUCUGUUGACUUGAUCAAAACAUAUAAGCAUAUUAAUGAGGUUUACUAUGCAAAAAAGAAGCGAAGACACCAACAGGGCCAGGGAGACGAUUCUAGUCAUAAGAAGGAGCGGAAGGUUUACAAUGAUGGUUAUGACGAUGAUAACUAUGAUUAUAUUGUAAAAAACGGAGAAAAGUGGAUGGAUCGUUACGAAAUUGAUUCCUUGAUAGGCAAAGGUUCCUUUGGACAGGUUGUAAAAGCAUAUGAUCGUGUGGAGCAGGUUGCCAUUAAAAUCAUAAAGAACAAGAAGGCUUUUCUGAAUCAAGCCCAGAUAGAAGUGCGACUUCUUGAGCUCAUGAACAAACAUGACACUGAAAUGAAAUACUACAUAGUGCAUUUGAAACGCCACUUUAUGUUUCGAAACCAUCUCUGUUUAGUUUUUGAAAUGCUGUCCUACAACCUCUAUGACUUACUGAGGAACACCAAUUUUCGAGGUGUCUCUUUGAACCUAACACGGAAGUUUGCACAGCAGAUGUGCACCGCACUGCUUUUCCUGGCGACUCCAGAACUUAGUAUCAUUCACUGUGACCUAAAGCCUGAGAAUAUCCUCCUUUGUAACCCCAAACGCAGUGCAAUCAAGAUCGUUGACUUUGGCAGUUCUUGUCAGCUGGGGCAGCGGAUAUACCAGUAUAUUCAGAGUCGCUUUUACCGGUCUCCUGAGGUGCUCCUGGGAAUGCCUUAUGACCUUGCUAUCGACAUGUGGUCCCUUGGGUGUAUUCUGGUCGAAAUGCACACUGGAGAACCUCUGUUCAGUGGAGCCAAUGAGGUAGAUCAGAUGAAUAAAAUUGUGGAAGUUCUGGGUAUUCCACCUGCUCAUAUUCUUGACCAAGCACCAAAAGCAAGAAAGUUCUUUGAAAAGUUGCCAGAUGGCACUUGGAACUUAAAGAAGACCAAAGAUGGAAAACGGGAAUAUAAACCACCAGGAACCCGUAAACUUCAUAAUAUUCUUGGAGUGGAAACAGGAGGACCUGGUGGGCGUCGUGCUGGGGAGUCGGGUCAUACGGUAGCUGACUACUUGAAGUUCAAAGACCUCAUUUUAAGGAUGCUUGAUUAUGACCCCAAAACUCGAAUUCAACCUUACUAUGCCCUGCAGCACAGUUUUUUCAAGAAAACAGCCGAUGAAGGUACAAAUACAAGUAAUAGUGUAUCCACGAGCCCUGCGAUGGAGCAGUCCCAGUCUUCAGGCACCACCUCUAGUACAUCUUCAAGCUCAGGUGGAUCGUCGGGGACGAGCAACAGCGGGCGAGCCCGGUCGGAUCCCACGCACCAGCAUCGGCACAGCGGCGGGCACUUCACGGCUGCCGUCCAGGCCAUGGACUGUGAGACGCACAGUCCCCAGGUGCGCCAGCAGUUUCCUGCUCCCCUUGGUUGGUCAGGCACUGAAGCUCCUACACAGGUUACUGUUGAAACUCAUCCUGUUCAAGAAACAACCUUUCAUGUAGCCCCUCAACAGAACGCAUUGCAUCAUCACCAUGGAAACAGUUCCCAUCAUCACCACCACCAUCACCACCACCACCACCACCACGGACAACAAGCCUUGGGUAACCGGACCAGGCCAAGGGUCUACAAUUCUCCAACGAAUAGCUCCUCUACCCAGGAUUCUAUGGAGGUUGGCCAUAGUCACCACUCCAUGACAUCCCUGUCUUCCUCUACUACUUCUUCCUCUACAUCUUCCUCCUCUACUGGUAAUCAAGGCAAUCAGGCCUACCAGAAUCGCCCAGUGGCUGCUAACACCUUGGACUUUGGACAGAAUGGAGCUAUGGACGUUAAUUUAACCGUCUACUCCAAUCCCCGCCAAGAGACUGGCAUAGCUGGACAUCCAACAUACCAAUUUUCUGCUAAUACAGGUCCUGCACAUUACAUGACUGAAGGACAUCUGACAAUGAGGCAAGGGGCUGAUAGAGAAGAGUCCCCCAUGACAGGAGUUUGUGUGCAACAGAGUCCUGUAGCUAGCUCGUGACUAAAUUGAAACUUGAGUUUGUUUCUUGUGUGUUUUUAUAGAAGUGGUGUUUUUUUCCAAAAAACAAAGUGCAAAGCUGCUUGAAUCAGAAGGAGAU